AUGCAGAACCCCACGAACGAACUGCUCAUCCUGCACUUCGUCAUACACGACGUGUACGACCGGAAGGAAAACGAAAUCUCCAUGCAUGAAAAACCUUACAUCAAAUUCUACUGGAAAAAUAUCAAGUACAAAAAUUAUUUAAAAUUCUUCUCAGAUGAGAUAAACUGGUUUUGCGAAUUCUUCCUCCCAUACCGACAUGGAGAUUAUAUAGAAAAUUUGAUCAUGCAGAUAUGGGCAAGUAGCUACUUAAGCAGGAAAAGAAAGUUGGCAUAUAAUUAUAUCAAUAUAAAUGAUGUGGAGAGGAAUGGGAAAAUAAAUGGGAAGUCAGAACUGAUUGGGAAAAGAAAAGGAUUGAAAGUUAUUUAUAGUCUUCAAAUUAUUUCCUACUCUUUGUACAAGUUCAUGAAAAACACACAAAUGUUUAUUCUCAGGAAAAUAUCAAUUUAUAAAAUGAUGCAGAUACAUAGGGAGAAUCAGAGACAUCCUUGUCGGGAACAGGAGAACUUGUUUGACAAAUAUAUUUUGUCCCUAUUUCAGAAGGAGAAUUACCAAAGGAAAAACACGGCCUUGCGGUUGAAGACGAUUCGACGGGGACAUAACCCUAGGAAUGUCACCAACAUCAACGAUGUGCACCCGCCGAUCAGGUUGGCAAAGAAGAAGAAACAGGGGGAAACUUCACAAAAGAACUCGCCUGUGUCACCUCUCGCCAUGAAGGGCCUCCACGCGAAAAGGCCCACAACGAAGAAUGGGCAAAAUAUUCAAGCGAAAUGUGGGAAGGUGGCCGAACUGCUGAAGGAGAAGAAGCCUAAUCCGGGGGACCAACUCAGGCAGAUCAGGCAAAAGGCUAAGGGGGACGUGCCCCGAAAGGAGAAACUGAAUUUACCACCAAAGAAGGCGAGCCAAAUGCCAUCAAAAGAGACCAAGGAAUUGCACACAAGGGGGAUGGAGGAUUUGUCAUCAAAAGAAACGGACACAUCCCAAUCACAAGAGAUGGCCCAUCUGCGCUCAAACACCAUGAAGGCUUUACGUGCAAAGGCGACGGAGGAUCUGUGCGUACGGGCGAAGGAAAUGUUACACCAAAAAAACACGGACGGGAUACACCCACGGGAAAUAAAAAACACCACGACAGACACAACGGAAGAGGAUGAUUUACCGCAGGUGCAUCAUGAGGCAAGGGUCACAUCCGAAAUAAGAGAGGAACUCGCCCCGUUGCAAGGUAAUCCAAGUCGAAUCAAGAAAAAUUCCUUUUUCGACGUCGGUUACAAAAUACAUAAGUCCACACCGAAAAAAAUUGUCAAGUUUCGCAGCCUUAAAUUCGCCAAGCAGUACGAUCCAGAUGAGGAGGAGAAGCAUGUUGGAAAGCUCGCCAUUCUGGAUGACGUGAUACAGCGGUUGACCUACUAA